CUGCGGAUCUGGGCGGCGGGCUCUGAGGUCCGAGUUGUCCCCACGUGGUGCUGCGAGUUCUGAGCGCCGGGGGCCCCACGCUGAGUUCGUGGCUGUGGCCUCCGGCUGAGUGACCACGGCCGGUUGGCAGUCACAGAGGCCCUCGGUUGGCCCUUUCCUGCUCUAUAGCGUGCAAACCUCGCUGCUCUGGGGCCAAGGGACAAGUUGGAGCUGUUGAUCUGUUGCGCAAUUGUUAUUUUUCCCCUGGGCGGCUUUGUCUUUGGAUUUACCAUUACAGAAUUGCAAUACCAAAAUGUGUAAGGCAGGAUAUUCUGUUCCUUGCCGUCAAGGGACAUGGAUUUGAUUGACAUUCUUUGGAGGCAAGACAUAGAUCUUGGGGUCAGUCGAGAAGUGUUUGACUUUAGUCAGCGCCAGAAGGACUGUGAGCUGGAAAAACAGAAGAAACUAGAAAAGGAGAGGCAGGAGCAGCUCCAGAAGGAACAGGAGAAGGCCUUUUUCGCUCAGUUACAACUGGAUGAAGAGACAGGAGAGUUCCUCCCAAUUCAGUCAGCCCAGCACAUUCAGACCGACACCAGUGGAUCUGCUAGCUACUCCCAGGUUGCCUACAUUCCCAAACCAGAUGCCUUGUACUUUGAAGACUGCAUGCAGCUUUUGGCAGAGACAUUCCCAUUUGUAGAUGACCAUGAGGUCUCCUCACCUACAUUUCAGCCACUUGCCCUGGAUAUCCCCAGCCACGUUGAAAGGCCAGUCUUCAGCGCCCCUGCUCAGGCGCAGUCAGUCAGCGGCUCCCUGGAGGCAAUGACUGAUCUAAGCAGCAUAGAACAAGACGUGGAGCAAGUGUGGCAGGAGCUGCUUUCCAUUCCCGAGUUACAGUGUCUUAAUACUGAAAAUAAGCAGCUGCCUGAGACUACCACCGUUCCCAGCCCAGAAGCCAAACUGACAGAAAUUGACAACAAUUACCAGUUCUACUCGUCUAUCCCCUCACUAGAAAAAGAAGUAGGCAACUGCAAUCCACAUUUUCUCCACGGUUUUGAAGAUUCUUUCAGCAGCAUCCUCUCCACAGAAGAUGCCUGCCAGCUGAACUCCUUAGAUUCAGACUCCACACUAAACACAGAUUUUGGUGAUGAAUUUUAUUCUGCUUUCAUAGCAGAGCCCAGUGGCAGUAGCAGCAUGCCUUCCUCUGCUGCCAUCAGCCAGUCACUCUCUCAACUUCUGGCCGAGCCUAUUGAAGGCUGUGAUCUGUCCCUUUGUAAAGCUUUCAACCAGAAGCACCCUGAAAGCACAGCCGAAUUCAAUGACUCUGACUCUGGCAUCUCACUGAACACUAGUUCCAGCCGAGCCUCCCCAGACCACUCUGUGGAGUCGUCCAUAUAUGGAGACCCACCGCCUGGGUUCAGUGACUCUGACAUGGAAGAGCUAGAUAGUGCUCCUGGAAGUGUCAAACAGAACGGUCCUAAAGCACAGCCAACACAUUCUUCUGGGGAUACAGUGCCACCUCUGUCACCAGCUCAAGGGCACAGUGUCACUGUGCAUGAUCCCCAAUGUGAAAAUACAAAAAAAGAAAUGCCUGUGAGUCCUGGGCAUCAAAAAGCCCCAUUCACAAAAGACAAGCAUUCAAGCCGCUUAGAGGCUCAUCUCACAAGAGAUGAGCUUAGGGCAAAAGCUCUCCAUAUACCAUUCCCUGUCGAAAAAAUCAUUAACCUCCCGGUUGAUGACUUCAAUGAAAUGAUGUCCAAGGAGCAGUUCAAUGAAGCUCAACUUGCAUUAAUCCGAGAUAUACGCAGGAGAGGUAAGAAUAAAGUCGCCGCUCAGAACUGUAGAAAAAGGAAACUGGAGAACAUCGUAGAGUUGGAGCAAGACUUAGGCCACUUAAAAGAUGAGAGAGAGAAACUGCUCAGAGAAAAGGGAGAAAACGACAGAAACCUCCAUCUCCUGAAGAGGCAGCUCAGCACUCUGUACCUUGAAGUCUUCAGUAUGCUGCGUGAUGAGGACGGAAAACCUUACUCUCCCAGUGAGUACUCCCUGCAGCAGACCAGGGAUGGGAAUGUAUUCCUUGUUCCCAAAAGCAAGAAGCCAGAUACUAAGAAGAACUAGGGUCAGGAAGAGGCAGCCUGUUCUGAGCUAGUGUUUGUCUUGUACUGCUAAAACUUCCUACUGUGAUGUGAAAUGCAGAAACACACUUUAUAAGUAACUAUGCAGAAUUAUAGCCAAAGCUAGUAUAGAAAUAAUAUGAAACUUUACAAAGCAUUAAAGUCUCAAUGUUGAAUCCGUUUCAUUUUAACUCUGAGGUUAAUUUCUUAGGGCACCAUUUGGGCUAGUUUCUGUGUAAGUGUAAAUACUACAAAACUUAUUUAUACUGUUCUUAUUUGUUACAUUCAUAGAUUUAUAGGAUAUCUGGCUGAAAGCAAAUUAUUGAAAACUAACCAAACCACUGUACUUUUUUAUAUACUGUAUGAACAAGAAAUGACAUUUUUAUAUUAAAUUGUUUAGCUCUGACAAAAAUUAAAGGAGCUGGCACUAAUAAAGGAAUAUCAUGACUUAAAUUACUUUGGAUUGU